ACCUCUUACCGUCGUCGUAGACCCUAUGCAGGUGCGGGACACCGCAAGCUCAGACUGUCCUCAUGGAAGUGGGCAAAGCAGAAAACCAAAGCAAGCACACUGCCUCAAAUGGAUUCUGAUCACAGUGAGGCUGUAAGACAAGUGUUUAGAAAUCAGCUACCCAGGAAGAAUGAUUUUUACUCCUACAAGCCCCCUCCCGAGCAGCCUCCCCCCGCGGCAGGAGCAUCUGUGUGUCUCCAGCUCAAGUCUGGCACUCACCUCUGCCGGGUCUGCGGCUGCUCAGCCCCCAAGAUAUGUUCCAGGUGCCACCAGGCACAUUACUGCAGUAAGGAACACCAGACUCUGGAUUGGAAGUGGCACCGGCAGACCUGUUCGCCAGCAGGUGAUGUAAGUGAUGUGAUUCCAGACCACAGCUUCCUUUUUCCCGAAUAUGAGAUUGUGAUAGAAACGGAAGACGAAGUCCCAGCAGAGCAGGAGGAGGAGGAGGAGGAGGAGGGCGAGCACGUGGACAGCGUGGGUGAGGCUUCACUCUCGUCACUGCCGUCCAUCCCAGGUGACGCGUCUGAGGAAGAUUUGGAGUCCAUGGCAAAGCACGAAACCAGGGAAGAUGAGAUCUUCCAGAGGUUUAAGGCGAAAAUAGCCCUUGAGCCUGAGCAGAUUCUCAGGUAUGGCCGUGGGGCUGCUCCCCUCUGGAUCUCUGGUGAAAAUGUCCCUCGGGAGGAGGACGUUCCGAACUGUCCUUGUGGUGCCAAGAGAAUAUUCGAGUUUCAGGUCAUGCCGCAGCUGCUUAACCUCCUCAAGGCUGACAGCCUGGGCAGGAGUGUGGACUGGGGAGUCCUGGGCAUCUUCACCUGCGUGGACAGCUGUGCGCUGGGUGCUGGCUACGUGGAGGAGUUUGUGUGGAAGCAGGACGUGACGGACACAGCCUGAGGCACGGUCUCUUCCGAGCGUGGCAAGAGCCGCUCGAGGCCCACCUCUGGGCUGUUUGCAGCAACGAGAAGCAGAAACGCCCAGGGUCGGGGAGGAUGCAGACCUGUGCUGCCGACCCCCAUGUGCGUGUCCAGCAAUUCAGCUGUGUGUGUUUAUACGCGUAUGUAUAAUUUGCUCAAAGCAUUCUGAGAUCAUUUCCCCUCUGAAAUUUUCAAAGAUAAACUGUUUUAGAUGAA